AUGGCUGAGGCAGUUGUUUCCUUUGUGCUUGAAAGUGUCAGAGACUUCACCAUUCAGGAAGCCAAGUUCUUGUCUGGAGUCAGCCGUCAAGUUGAAGCUGCACAAACUGAGCUAGAAUUCAUGCAGGGAUUCCUCAAAGACGCAGAUGCAAGACAAGGACAAGAUGAAACAGUCCGUAUUUGGGUUGCCAAGAUUAGAGAUACUGCUUAUGAUUUGGAGGAUGUCAUCCAAACUUAUGGCUUGGAAGUGGAUUCCAAGAAGAAGAAAAGAGGCCUCAAGAAUGUUCUCAAAAGAUUUGCCUGCGUCUUCAAGGAAGGGGUUGAUGUUCACAGAAUUGGGGCAGAAAUUGAGAAUAUCACUACCAAAAUUUCGACGUUGAGAUCAAGUUUGCAGAGUUACAACAUAAGGGAAAUAAGGGACAGGGACAACAGUGGUGGUGAAUCUUUCUUGCAAUUGCAAGAGAGGCUAAGGAGAAGUUACUCUCAUGUUGUUGAACGUGAUGUUGUUGGGUUAGAGUCCAACGUUGAAGAAUUGGUUAUGCAUUUAUUGAAAGAUGAAAAUCGUCAUCAAGUUGUAUCUGUUUGGGGUAUGGGCGGUUUAGGGAAGACCACCCUUGCAAGACAACUUUAUCAUCACAAAAAAGUUAGCCAGCAUUUUCAUAGUCUUGCUUGGGUCUGUGUAUCUCAACGUUUUCAAGUAAGAAAUGUUUGGGAAGGAAUUUUAAUUAAACUCAUUUCUGCUACCAAGGAACAAAAACAAGAAAUUAAGGACAUGACAGAUGAUGAAAUAGCAAAGAAGCUUUUCCUUGUUCUACAAGAAAUGAGAUGUUUGGUGAUACUUGAUGACAUAUGGAGAAUCGAGACAUGGAAUCUUUUGAAGGAUGCAUUUCCAAAUGUGAAAACAGAGAGCACACUACUGCUUACUACACGCAAUCAAGCAGUAGCUUUGCCCCCAAAUAGAAAUGCUUUUCUCCACGAACUCCAGGCACUAACUGAGAAAAAGAGCUGGGAACUAUUUGAGAAGAUAGUAAUAUCUGGAAGGGCUGAUAUCGAUUUGGGAAUGUGCACAAAAAAGAGAGAAUUAGGAACGAAUAUGCUUCGACAUUGUAAAGGUUUGCCAUUAGCCAUUAUUGUGCUUGCCGGAGUUCUAGCAAGAAAAAACACUGAUAGAGAGUGGGAGAUAGUGCAUGAGAAUGUUCAUGAAUACAUAAGGAAAGGGAUAGGUCAUGAAGAAGAAUAUGAAGGUGCAUCAUGGGUUUUGGCAUUAAGUUAUGAUGACCUACCGUAUUACUUAAAACCAUGUUUUUUAUAUUUAGGUCAUUAUCCUGAAGACUCUGAAUUUUUGGUGAGCCAAUUAACUAAAUUAUGGGUGGCAGAAGGUCUUAUCUCCUUGAGACAACAAAGACAUGGUUCCGAGAAAACAAUGGAGGAUAUAGCACGUGAUUGGUUAAGUGAGUUGGUGGAAAGGUGUUUGGUUCAAGUGGGAACAAGUGGUUCAAAUGGGACAAUUAAAGGUUGUCGAAUCCAUGAUCUUGUACGAGACAUGUGUUUGUUAAAGGCAAAAGAGGAAUGCUUUCUGCAAAUUAACUAUUCUUUGCCAGAAACUACUUCUUCUGUGGCAGCCGAGGCAUCACAAUUGGGGAAAAUUCGAAGACUUGCAAUUUAUGUGGAUGAGAAGGCAGAUAGGUUGGUUUCUUCAAGAGAUGAAACAAAUGGGCUCGUAAGGUCUCUAUUGUUCUUUGGCCAAAGAGAAUGGAUGCCAAAAAGUAUAGAAGGAUUACUAUCUCCUUUGAAAGAUUUCAAAGUGCUUAGAGUUUUGAAGGUUGAAGGUCUUUAUCAAGUAGGAGUUGAGUUGCCAAGUGAAAUUGGAAAUAUGGUACACUUAAGGUUUCUAAGCUUGAAGGAUAGCUAUAUAAAAAUGUUUCCUCCAUCCCUAGGUAAUUUAGUAUGCUUGCAAACUCUUGAUUUUCGUGUUCUGACUUUCGACAUGGUCAUCCCAAAUGUGGUAAUGAAGAUGAAACAAUUAAGACAUUUAUAUUUACCCGUAUUAUACAGAGCAAAUGGUAACUUGCAGCUGUCUACUCUUGGCCAUCUACAAACCUUAUAUAACCUUUCAAUUGAGUAUUGUGAUUUGAAAGAUGUUGGUAGAUUAACCAAUCUUAGAAAACUGACAAUAAGAGGGUCAAGCUCUUUGCAAAAUCUGGAGGAAAUCUUAAAAUCUGCAGGCAGCACGCUUAACUGUAUCCGGUCUCUAAUUGUGUUUGUGAACUACUAUUCUAAUAGCAGUGAAGAGCAAGCUAUGCAAAUAGUAUCAAGCUGUCGGGGUAUAUACAAAUUGAAGUUGGAUGGGCCAAUGACAGAAUUACCGAAAGAGCUCCACAACUAUCCAAACCUCACCAAGUUACAAUUGUGUAGGUGUGAUCUCAAGGAGGACCAAAUGGAAAUACUAGAGAAGCUGCCAAACCUAACAAUUUUGAAGCUAGCAAACGCUUUGGAAGAGGAUACAAAGAUACUGGUUUUUUUCUCCAAAGGAGGCUUUCCUUCUCUUGAAUAUCUUUCCUUUCAUUAUUUGCCCGAAAUAACAGAGUGGAGUGUAGAGGAAGGAGCCAUGCCUCGUCUCUGUCGAUUAGAAAUUGAAUAUUGCUUGGGAUUGACUAUACUUCCAGAUGGGUUGAGAUAUCUUACUAAUCUCAGGGAAUUAACCAUUAGAAAGAUGUGUAGAGAACUCCACUAUCGGAUUGAGGAAGAUGGAGAGGAUUUCUAUAAAAUUCAACAUGUACCUUCCCUUGUAAUUGGAGAACCAUACGAGGACGACUACAAUCGAGGACGACAACUGUCUGGCUAUUUUUAG